CCACGUGUAAAAGACGACCUCUCCUCCUCCUCCUCCUAAAUGUGCUCCUUAUCCUCUGUUUUUAUGUGAUGUCAAAGUACGAGGAAAAAUGAAGGCCGCAUAAUUAAGAUAAGAACAAACUGUACACUAAAUCACUUAAGAAAUUAGAAACUGCAGGACUUCAAUUAAAGAGCAAGAAAAUUGGUCCAAUUAAGCAUCAGAGAUGGCAGUUUCAUCAUCACUCAUCUCAAUGAGCUUGGUCUCAACAACAUUAAUGUCCAACAAGUCCAAUGUGCCCUCUUCUUCAUCCAGCUCACUAAACUCUACUUCAUUUUCCCCACACAACACUAUCAUAUGCUCAACAGGCCCAACCAGUAAUGAAGACAGAAACUGUGAGAGAAGGCCUCUACUUUUGGGAGUAGGGGCAUUAGCUUUGAGUUUAUUCCCUGCAAGUUCAAUCUUUGCUCAAGAAAUCCUAGAAAAAUAUGAUUCUUAUGUAGACAAAUUAGAUGGCUAUUCAUAUUAUUAUCCAUCAGAUUGGAGGGAAUUUGAUUUCAGAGGGCACGAUUCUGCAUUUAAGGAUCGGUAUCUGCAGUUACAAAAUGUAAGGGUGAGCUUUAUCCCAACUGACAAAACCGACGUUCAUGAUUUGGGCCCUAUGGAAGAGGUUGUUUCAUACUUGCUUAAACAUGUUUACGCUGCACCAACACAAAUGGCAACUGUUUUUGACAUGCAAGAGCGAACCGUUGACGGGAAAAACUAUUACACAUUUGAGUAUGCACUUACAAAUCGCAACUUCUCUCGGGCAGCUUUUGCAACCCUAGGAAUUGCAAAUGGAAGAUACUACACGCUGAUUGUGGGAGCUAAUGAAAGAAGGUGGAGAAGAGUAAGGAACCAGCUCAAAGUGGUGGCAGACUCUUUCAAAAUGCUCGACAUCUGAAUCGAUGAUCUCUCUCUCUCUCUCUCUCUCUCUGAAAUGACAAAGUUGUGGUCAUUUGGAUAAAAUUGCAUUGCAAUGGAAAAUAGGUCUCGAAAUGAAGAGCAAUCGAAAGUAUGUUUUAACCCAACAAA